CGUCACCGGCGGCAGCGCCGGGCUCAGCCGAGGAGUGCCGACAAGUGCCGAGCUCAGCCGAGCGGGGCCGAGCUCAGCCGAGCGGGGCCGAAUGCAGCGGGCGGCGGCGCGGGUGCUGCGCGGGGCGGUUCGGACCCCCCCGGUUCGGACCCUCCCGGUGCGGGCGCGGUCGGCCCCGGCGGGGACCGCUCCGCUCGGGCUGCUCUAUGAGCGGCACGGGGAGCCCGCAGCCGUCGUGCAACUGAAGGAUCUGGAAGUGCCCAAGUUGGGGGACUGCGAUGUCCACGUCAAGAUGUUGGCAGCCCCCAUCAAUCCCGCCGACAUCAACAUGAUCCAAGGGACCUACCCCCUCCUGUCGCCGCUGCCGGCCGUGGGAGGGAGUGAAGGUGUCGGGGAGGUGCUGGAGGUCGGGCGCCGUGUGGUGGCUCUGAAACCCGGGGACUGGGUCAUCCCUGCGGAUGCCGGACUUGGGACGUGGCGGACACGGGGAGUUUUCCCUGAGAAGAUGCUGCUGAAGGUGCCUAGUGACAUCCCAGUGCUCUGUGCUGCCACUCUGAGCGUCAACCCCUGCACAGCGUUCCGUAUGCUGGCCGACUUCGAGAGCCUGGUGCCCGGUGACUCCGUCAUCCAGAAUGCUGCCAACAGUGGUGUGGGUCAGGCUGUCAUCCAGAUCGCCAGGGCCUCCGGCAUCAAGACCAUCAACGUGGUGAGGAACAGACCUGAUCUCCCAAAGCUGGUGGAGAGGCUGAUGGCCCUGGGUGCUGACCACGUCGUCACGGAGGAGAUGCUGAGAAAGCCAGAGAUGAAAGAUAUAUUUAAGAGCAUCCCAAGACCCCGGCUUGCCCUGAACUGUGUUGGAGGCAAAAGCACCACGGAGAUGCUGCGGCAUCUGCAGCCCAAGGGGACCAUGGUCACCUACGGGGGGAUGGCAAAGCAGCCUGUGAUGGUGCCUGUGAGUGCCUUCAUCUUCCGGGAUGUGCGACUCCGCGGGUUCUGGAUGACGCAGUGGCGGAAGGACCACACACAGGGCAGGUGUUCCCAGGGGGAUGGAUGGCCCUGCAUGGCACAGAGAGAGCUCCCUCCUUCCCGUGCAGAGCAGGAAAGCGUGGCGGCGAUGAUGGACGCCCUGUGCCAGCUCAUCCGCAGGGGCCAGCUCACGGCGCCGGCCUGCACGGAGCUCCCGCUGCAGGACUACAGGGCAGCGCUGGAGGACUCCAUGAAACCCUUUGUGUCCUCCAAGCAGAUCCUCCUCCUCUGACCUGCAUCUCCUGGAGCGCUGUCCUGUUCCAUAUGCUUGUCCGCAGACUUGAGGGGGGAAAAGACUCUCCAGAUCCAUUUAAUUUCUUUUUUCCUUUGUUUUUCACAUUUUGGGUGCCCACUGAAAGCUUUGAAAGUCUCUGCAACUUUGUGUGGAAGUGCUGCUGGAGGGAGGCUGCAUCUCACUGUGUCUGGGGGGAGUCUGGGUGCCCAAAUUAUGGCUCGCUCAGCUCAGGAUGUGAAAAGGGCAGCAGUUGCCCCUCACAUGUGCUUUUGGGGCUGGCAGGUCUGUAGUUAUCCCUGCUGGAAUGUGGUAUGAGCAGGGAAGCCCAAGUCAUCUCCCUGCAGCCCCGCUGCCUCCAGGCCUACUGCAAGAAUGAGGAGGGAAGGGCACAGACUGCCCCAGAUGAUGAGGGGUGCUGUGGCUGGAGUGGCCCUAGGUGCUGCUGCAGCUCCUGGAGGUGCCUGGGUCACCCCUGGCUGGGUUUUGCCAAGGGUACUGCAAGGGCCAGAGCCUUUGGCCAUCAAACACUGGAGCCAGACCCUCAGUGUCCUUGAAGGCCCUCCUGCCCAGGUGUGGGACGGUGACCGGGACACUGCAGAGCAAUGUGAAAAGAUUUAUUAUUGAGAACAACCAACAAUGUGUUCUUGCUUCCUCCUGUGCUGCACGUCUGCCUCUAUGGCCCCACAAGCUCCCCAUGGAGCUUGCCAGUCCAGCUCUGGCUGAGGUCCAGCAGCGUUGACUAUGCAGCUGCAGGUGGGGCAGUGGCCAUGGGCCGGAGUGUGGCCGGCCACUGGCCCUGGCCCCAGCGUUGCCACAGCAAACCACGGAGGGCAGGGCAGGGGCAGCACAGCCCCGGGCACCUGCGCAGCACCUGGGUUUGGCUGCCCAGAGCAGGGUGUGGGCAGUGCUUCAAGUGUGAGGGGCCCAUGUGGGGCAGGAGGGGUGGUGUGGGGCAGAGGAGACGCGGCCUGAGCAGGAGCAGCCUGCUGGGUGCCGGCGGGGCUGUGUCUGCAGGGCCGUUUGCAUGGUGGGAGCCUGGCACGGCCCGGCGGGGGCCUGGUGCCUGCCCAGGGCCUGGUCCCUAUCCGGGGCCUGGUGCCCACCUGGGGCCUGGUGCCCGCCUGGGGCCUGGUGCCUGCCCGGGGCCUUGUGCCUGCUUGGGACCUGGUGCCCGCCCAGGGCCUUGUGCCCAUCCAGGGCCUGGUGCCCGCCCGGGGCCUGGCAUGGCCCGCCUGGGGCCUGGUGCCUGUCCAGGGCCUUGUUCCUACCUGGGGCCUGGUGCCCAGCUGGGGCCUGGGCACUGUGCAGCUGCUGCUCAUAGAUGUCUGCAUGUCCUCAUCCUCCUCCUCUGCUCUCGAUGACGGCUGAGCAUCCCACUUUCUCCCUGGGAGCUUUGCCAGGAUCUCAGUGCCCGGAGGGGGCACAGCCAGGGGGUUUGUGCUUCCCCCAGCACCCUACACACCCCUCUGGACACAGGGCGGGUCAUCCCUCGUGAAAAAGGGGUUGGAGUAGAACAGCAGCUGGAAAAGGCAAAGGAAGGUUGUUUGCUGCAAGGAGGAGGAAGAAAUCCGAGAGAGCCAGGCAUUAGCACGAGAAAGGAGAAAUGGGGUUUUAAAGGACUCUGGCAUUUCACAUCUCAGUCUUCGGCUAAGAAAAGUAUGGGGACAGAGCUUUGUUAAGUCACAACCACCCUCAUGUUUUGAGCAUUGGGAGCAGAGAAGUGUAGGCUUUUCAAAAGCCAGAAAACUGCUGAAGAAACCCAAAGCCUGCUAGUUUUCAGACCCCUCAGCAUGUCCAGAGUAACUAACCCCACUACAAAACGAAGCUGUUUGCUCCUGUCCAGUCUCCAGCCUUGU